UUCUAUUCAGAUAAAUAAUAAUCAAACAUGAAAAAAAUUAAUAAAAAGAUUCGAAAGAAAUAUUCUGACUUCUAUACCUCCGAAGAUAUUUUUGAGGAAAAAUCACCGCAACUGAAUUUUUCAGUUGCUGACUUGGAUACGAAAGGACACUUGUCAAAUCCUAAAGCCCCAUGUGUUGUAACAACAAUUGAUCCACAAUACACAAAAGAUGCCAAUAGACAACUGAAUUUUUAUAAAUUCAACGUUAAAAGUGAUAUUCUUCGACUACGAGAUAUAACAAGGAAGAAAUUUCUAUUUUACGCCACACAGCAACAGGCUCUUGAAAGGGCACAAGAAGAUGCAUAUCAAUUUAAGGUCUAUGAAGAGGCUAAAAACUUCUUAAAUAUGACCUCUCAACAGCUUGAUGUUUUUCAAAAUGAAGCCUUUUGUAAAGUCUUAGCUGAAAAUGAAAAACUUAGGAAAAUUAAAGCAGAAACAAUGUUGGAUAAAUUUAAAGAAACUACUCUAAUGCAUCAGAAAUUAUCCACAGAUGUCAAGGAUGUGCACAAGAGAUUUAUAUUCCUUUUAAAAUUGAUUGGAUACUUUGAUGUGAGCGAAGAAGGAUUUAAUAUGCUUAAAUUAAAUCGUUUAGCAGAUUCUGGUGAUUUUGUUUUCCUUAAAAACAAUUUACUCUCCGAUAGCAUUUCAAGUGAACAAAUUAAACAAUUGAAGGAAUUUGUAGCUGAUGUCAUUGAUCCUUAUGUGAAAAAGCAAACAUUUUUGAAUGCUGAUGUUUGGAUUGACGGAUACGAAAAUACACGUCGGAAAUUAUUUGAGUAUUACAAUCAAUUUACAAAACUUGCAAUUUUAAAUCAUAUGGUUUCGAUUGUUCAUUAUAAAUUUAUAAAGUUUCAUAUAAAUUGUAACUUACAACUCAUUGCUCGAAAUCCAAAACAUCUUACUGAACAUAAAAAUCGUCUUCAACUCGAAUCCAAUCAACUUUUUGAUAAAUUUGAGCAAAAAAAACUCAAAAGUGGAAAAGUAUGUUGGGAUAUCAAAGGAAUUGCACCAGUACUUCUUGAAAAGAUUCAACCAAAGAACGAAGAAGAUGAAAAAGGACCUCCAAUUAGUUCUAUUACUCAAUUAGAGAAAAUCCAUAAUAUUUUAAUGAGCCUUCUUAAUGAACUUGAUAGUUUGGAACCUGAAUAUUGUAAGACUUACGAAGAAGAAGUUCGCAGACAAGUUACAAGAGAAAAGAAAGCAUCGAGAAAUGUAUUGGUCAGAGUAAAUCGAUUCAAGAAUUGGAUAGAGCACUAUAAGAAACACCAAAAGAAAUAACUUAAAAAUAAAGUAUGAGAAUUAUUAUUUAUAU